AUGGUAUUGAUCAUCAUCGUCCCUCGUCCGCUUCAGGGCGAAGCGCCUCAGCGCGACGUGCCUGGCCUCCCAGAUUUCCGAGAGGUACCUGGCCAAUGCCAGGGUGGCGCCUCAGUCAUGAUGCGAGCGGGCCAAUCGUACAUCAAUGUUCGUCAUAUGGAGACAAUCGCGAUGGGCCAGGAAACUCGGGCGCCGAGGGUGAUGGCAGCAGCGACGCCGGCGCUGCAGCUAAGACUCCUGACCCCGCACCCCGCGGCGCAAAGACGCCCCGACCGCAGACAGUGGAUGGCCGCCAGCAGUAGGGCCCGGUACAUGUACACUGGGAAAUCAACGAAACGCCACGACACACAAGCCAGCAUUUCCUCCCUUUGUCCAUGCCGCUUUACCAAGGGCGUAUUGGUGUUUGGGAAUGUGUUCCUGGCACAUUAG